AUGCCACUCUCUCACUUCAUCCAAGCAUCCCUUUCCCCCCACCACCCUGUGUCGUCAAGACCGUUCUCUAUAUCUGCAAAAAAGACAUUUCUGAAUGCAGAGGAGACUUGGGAUGACUUUGGGCCCAGCAGCUCAGACACGGAAAUAGAAGGUAGAAUCAUGACUACAAGACCUGUUACCUCAGGGGAGCAAACGGCCAUUCCUGCUUUGCUUCCACUCACUGAAGAGGCCAAGACUUUGAAAUCAAGCCCACCCCAAAAGACCAGUCUUGCACAAAGCAGGGAUGACCCAGACCAAACCAAGCCACCAAAAGUGUUGUCACAAGAAAGGCGCCUUAAAGUUCCAUCAGAACUUGGUUUAGGAGAGGAAUUUACCAUUCAGGUAAAAAAGAAGCCAGUAAAAGACCCAGAUUUGGAUUGGUUUGCUGAUAUGAUCCCAGAAAUUAAGCCUUCAGCUGCCAUUCUUAUUUUACCUGAACUGAGGACAGAAACAAUGGUUCCCAGCAAGGAUAAUGUCUCAUCAGUGAUGCACUUUUCCUCAAAAUUUGCUGCAGCAGAGAUUACUGAGGGAGAGUCUACAGGCUGGGGAGAAGAUGGCGAUCUGAACUGGGAAGACAGUAACUGGUGACAAUGGCUGUGAGUUAAUCUUUAGGGAAAUGGAUUCCUUUUAAAAAAAAAAACAACAACUAAUACCUCAAAAGCAGGCUCUGCAGACAAGAAAACCCCAAAGC